UAGACUGUAAAGGUGUAGAAAUGUCUUAUAAUAUCUACGAAGAUGUGUUCAGGGCCGAGUCUGGAGGAAGGAACAGAGAUCUAUUGGAAGUAACAGUGGCUAUUUAUGAGAGUGCAGACUGUGUGAAAGAUCAAGACUUCAGGACAAACACACAACAACCACUUCAACAAACAGGAAGUGGAUCAUUAAAGACAAACACCAGAGCAACUACAGUAUGUUUGGUGCUGCUGUGUUUUCUUCUGCUGACUGCAGUCAUAGUGCUAAGCAUCUACAUCUAUACAAACUACACACAAGAGACCAGAAUUACUAUCCUCAAAGAAGAGAGUGACCAGCUAAUAAUCAACAUGACCAACUUCACAGAAAAGAGAGAUCAACUACUAAUCAACAUGACCAACCUCAGAGAAGAUAGAGAUCAACUUGUAAUCAACAUGACCAAACUCACAGAAGAGAGAGAUCAACUACAAACUAACAUUAACCAAAUCCUGAAAAAUAAAGAGAAGAGAUUAUUAUCUGAGAAUGAUUCUUUAAUGAAACAAAGAGCGCAGUUACAGCAGGAGAAAAAUGACCUGCAGAAGUGUCUUCAAGAAUUGGGUGGAUGCUUUUAUUAUCAGUCCAGAUUAUACUUCAUUUCCUCUGAAAAGAAAAGAUGGACUGAGAGCAGAAGAUACUGUACAGACAGAAAAGCAGAUCUGAUCAUCAUAAACAACAGACAAGAACAGGAUUUUGUUAAGAAAAUAUCUGGUGGUGAUUUGGUCUGGAUUGGUCUGACUGACAGCGCUAAAGAGGGCAGUUGGAAAUGGGUUGAUGGCACCAUCAUGACCACUGAGUUCUGGAAUCAUGGAGAGCCCAAUGGACAUUAUAGCGAGAACUGUGCUUUGUCUCGUUCAUCAGGAUGGGAUGAUUAUCCAUGUGAUCAUACUUUUCGGUGGAUCUGGGCAGAGGGCAAUUUCCUGGACUGUUACACUGCCAAGCAGUGGGGUAUGCCCACUAUUCCCCUCCCUUCUCCCAUUUCUGUCUGGUCAUUAGCUGGUCAGCUCAUCUCUACCAUUACCCACAUCACCCCUCGUGAGGAGACAGCCAAUUUAACUAAGGUCCCGGUUGAGUACCAUGGUCUUCGCCAAGUCUUUAGCAGGUCUCGGGCCAGAUUUCUCCCUCCUCAUCGACUAUACAACUGUGCCAUUGAUCUCUUCCCAGGCACUUCUCUGCCCAAGGGUCGCUUGAAUUCCCUUUCUGGUCUAGAAAGAGAGGCUAUGCAAAGCCCUUGCCCAUUCCCUCUCGUCCAUGGCCACACCUGGCCCUUGACUUUGUUUCUGGCCUUCCCCCCUCAAGAGGAAAUCAUGACUGUAGUGGACCGUUUUUCUAAAGCAGCCCAUUUUAUAGAUAACUUUCCGGCAUACAGUGUCAGGAGACUGUUAGAUGUCAGACGCCGGGACCGGGGUUUCCAGUAUCUAGUGGACUGGGAGGGUUAUGGUCCUGAGGAGAGGAUUUGGAUUCUGGCUCUGCAUGUUCUAGCGAUGGGAGUAGAAAUGUGUAAUAAUAUUUAUGAGGAUGUGUUCAGGACCGUGUCUGGGGGAAGGAACAUAGAUCUAUUGGAGAUGACGGUGGCUAUUUAUGAGAGUGCAGACUGUGUGAAAGAUCAAGACUCCAGGACAAACACACAACAACCUCUUCUACAAACAGGAAGUGGUUCAUUAAAGACAAGCACCAGAGCUUCUCCAGUAUGUUUGGUGCUGCUGUGUUUUCUUAUGCUGACUGCAGUCAUAGUGCUAAGCGUCUACAUCUAUACAAACUACACACAAGAGACCAGAAUUACUAUCCUCACAGAAGAGAGUGACCAGCUACUAAUCAACAUGACCAACCUCACAGAAGAGAGAGAUCAGCUACUAACCAGGGUCAAAGUUUUCAGUUUAGAGAAAGAUCAGUUAGAGAAUGAGAACCAAAUCCUGAAAAAUAAAGAGAAGAGAUUAUUAUCUGAGAAUGAUUCUUUAAUGAAACAAAGAGCGCAGUUACAGCAGGAGAAAAAUGACCUGCAGAUGUUUCUUUAUGAACAGGGCGGAUGCUUUUAUUAUCAGUCCAGAUUAUACUUCAUUUCCUAUGAGAAGAAGAGCUGGUCUGAGAGCAAAAGAUACUGUAGAGACAGAAAAGCAGAUCUGAUCAUCAUAAACAACAGAGAAGAGCAGGAUUUUGUUAAGAAAAUAUCUGGUGGUGAUAUGAUUUGGAUUGGUCUGACUGACAGUGAUGAGGAGGGCAAUUGGAAAUGGGUUGAUGGCACCAGCCUGACCACUGGUUUCAGGUUUUGGGGCACUUUUGAACCCAAUGGAAAAAGAGGAGAGAACUGCGCUGUAUCUUAUUCUUCCGGAUGGGCUGAUUAUCCAUGUAAUGCUUAUUUUCAGUGGAUCUGUGAGAAAAGAGCAAAAGGCACACAAAGAACAUUCAGCAUUAGCCGUUUAAGCUUAUUAGCCUGUAAUAGAGUAGAAAUGUCUAAUGAUGUUUAUAAUGAUGUGUUUAGCAUCGGGUCUGGGAGACGGAAAACAGAGAAAGUGGAGAUGACGGUGGCUAUUUAUGAGAGUGCAGACUGUGUGAGAGAUCAAGACUUCAGGACAAACACACAACAAUCAUUUCAACAAACAGGAAGUGGAUCAUUAAAGACAAGCACCAGAGCAUCUCCAGUAUGUUUGGUGCUGCUGUGUUUUCUUCUGCUGACUGCAGUCAUUAUACUGAGUGUCUACAUCUAUACAAACUACACACAAGAAACCAGAUUAACUAUCCUCACAGAAGAGAGAGAGCAGCUACUAAUAAAAAUAACCAACCUUACAGAAAAGAGAGACCAGCUACUAAAUAACAUUGUCAAUAUAACAGAAGAGAGAGACCAGCUAACACAAAGAGCGCAGUUAUGGCAGGAGAAAAAUUACCUGCAGAAGCAUCUUGAUGAAUUGGAUGGAUGGUUUUAUUAUCAGUCCAGUUUUUACUUCAUUUCCUCUGAGAAGAAGAACUGGCCUGAGAGCAGAAGGUACUGUACAGGGAAAAAAGCAGAUCUGAUCAUCAUAAACAACCGAGAGGAACAAGAUUUUGUUAAGAAAAGAUCUGGUGGUGCUGUGUUCUGGAUUGGUCUGACUGACAGCGCUAAAGAGGGCAGUUGGAAAUGGGUUGAUGGCACCAUCAUGACCACUGAGUUCUGGAAUCAUGGAGAGCCCAAUGGACAUAAUAGCGAGAACUGUGCUGUGUUUCGUUCAUCAGGAUGGGCUGAUUAUCGAUGUGAUAAUACCUUUCAAUGGAUCUGUGAGAACAGCAUUUAAAAAGUCUUUAAAUCACAUGCUGCACACAUACACUCUCACUAGUUAUCUAAUUAAAACUAUAUUCUAAACAUUGUUAGUUACAUUAUUGAAUAAAUCUGUUCUAUCAGUUCAAAUGUAAUCACCAGGCUUCAUCCUCAUUCAACACCACAAAACACUUUACACAGGACUAUUAAACAGCCUUACCUGUUGAGCAUCACCAGCAUAAAACAAGCACACACACAUGCUGCAACCCUAUUCAUAAUCUAUCUGUCCUAAAUACUAUUUGCGUGUCCCUAGUCAGAGUAUGUUUAAAUGGUUAUGACCAAGUAAUCUGGAUGGUUUAUUUCCAUGCAGACUCUCAAAUCUAAUAUUGGAUGUGAAUUUGAUUUAACAGGUUUAUUAGCAAACACUUGUAAAAAGUGUUUGUAACUGUAAUUUAACUUCGUUUAUAAGGACGGGUUGGGAAUAGUAUUUGUUUUUGUUUUCCUGUAACUAUCCUGCCGGUUUUGUAGAAGUUAAAUAAACAAAUUUUAAAAAGUGUUAAAAACUACACACAUGACUUCGGUUAAGGCAGCGUUUCUCAAUUUCAGACCUCGUGCCAACUGCUUUGCACAUUCUUUCUUUCAUCACUUCAGGCGUUUGUUGCAAUUUGAACGUAAGUACCCUGCAAUUCUGGAAUAGUUGACGGUUCAUUCUGCUGUGGCGACCCCUGAUAAAUAAGGAACUAAGGGACUGCUAUAGGGAAUACUACUAGGGGUGUCAAAAUUAAUUAGAUUAGAUUAGAUUAGAUUCAACUUUAUUGUCAUUACACAUGUACAAGUACAAGGCAACGAAAUGCAGUUUAGGUCUAACCAGCAGUGCAAUAGCAGCAAGUGCAGGAUACAGGUAUAAGUUAUAAAGUGCAGUUAUAGAAAAACUAUGGUAAUAUUUACAGAUGGAUGUACUAUCAACAUUAUAUACAGGUUGUAUUAGCUAUGAACAGAUUUACAAUAAAUGAAUAUAUGUACAGGAUGCUAUUAAUAAUCAGGAGUGUGCAGAUAAACAUAAUUACAAAUGUCCAUGUGCAGUGGGUAUGUACAGUUCAAUAAAUGAAUCAGUGCAAUGAAUAUGUGCAAACUUUAAAUGUGCAAAUGUUAAAUAGUGCAGUGAUUGUGAGGAGUAUAAG